AGUUCUCUAUUCUGCUGCAAGCAUUCAUCAACAAGUGUCUCAGCAUCUUCUCAAGCAUCUUCUCAUCAUUUCAAUUUGUGGGCUCUAAAUAUCCAUCAGGGCGCCCUGUCAGAUGUCGAACACAUAUAUGUCUGCCUACAGAGUUCAAUGCCGAAUAACUUGAUCUCUCGUAAGGGACUCGUGGGCUCCCACUAUCCCCAUCCAUGUCCCAUGCCCUUGAUUUGAGGGCGUAUUUAGGUCCUAUCAUCCUUACGACUCGGAUGAAACCUAUCAUGAUGACCUGCCAGUGAUCACACACGGAACUGAUGUUUAUUGGCGUUUACGUCCUGAAUUGCCCUAUGCACAGGUAUGUGAAUUUGCAUAUUUGUACUUUUGCACUUCUGUGGUGGUAGUACUAAGUUCCCUCCCUGUUAAUAUCACUUGGAUAUGACCAUGAAUCCAUCCGUGACAUUCGUUCCUGCGGAUGAAAUGCCGACAAUACAUCAAGCCAUUUUGGAUGCUAACAUCACGAGAUAUCUUGCUGCUGCGGGUAUGGUUAUAGUUAUCUAUGACCAAUUGUUAUCACUACCAGAAGAGGUGGACAUGUUCUGGAAGGGUCGUCGUUCGCUCUCGACGUCUCUUUACCUUACCAACCGAUAUUUGGUGCCCGCCAUACUCAUCACCACGGCUUAUCAAAUGUGUGGUUUUAAUUCUCCUUUAUCGCACAUGGGGCGAGUUCAGAUAAAUCCAUGUUUCGCACUCUGGUAUAUUUACCAAAAUUUAGAUGUCGGUUGCUUAUAUCCAUCCCUGCUGUAUUGGGUACAAUUCUUUUAGGAGUGGCCUUUCUGUUGGUGUUCAUGACUGUAGUUCAAAUAUGGGAGAACUGUAGACUCGUGGUCUGGGUGUUGUCAGGUUGUCUUAUCCUGAGCUUUUGCACGAUGUCCGCCAUGUUAGGUAUCGCAAUUGUUCAAAUGUGGGAUGGAAUAACUUAUUCCUCUGAAGCUGAUAUGUGUAUAAUGCAGACAGUAUCUAAAUCACUGGUUGGUGUAUUUGCAGCACCGAUGGUAUUCGAUCUGAUGGCUCUCGGAUGUAUCGUCAUGAACACACUUAGUCGUCCUAGGAGAGCCGAUUUGCUACUUUACAAGGCUCUUUGCUCUGAUGGUAUCAUCUUCUUUGCGACUUUUGCAUUUCUACACGUUUCAGAAGUGGCUCUUUCUGCAACUCUGCAGCCCAAUUAUAUUUUCAUGUCUGUUUAUUUUGUUUGUCCCUUGACAAAUGCUAGCCUAAGCCAUUUACUCUUCAAUAUCAGGCGCUUCGAUUUAGACUCUUGGAAGUAAUCGUAAUUCGCCACGAUCAAAUCGGUAUUGUGGCAUAAUGUUGUUGGAAGACCAUCUCAUACCAACCAACAUUCAGCUUAGUUUUCUUUUUCUACCGUCUCUUGAACUGUCUCUUCUU